AUGUCGUGCACGGACCACCUCCAUACAAGCCCCAUAGUUACGGAUCCGUAUUCUAAUUGUGUUUUGGGCACGGAACGAUUGCACGGGUGGCAUCCUCCCAACGAUGGUCGGAGGCCCCCGUGGGUGAUCCUCUGCUGCCGCGGCGUGCCGCGUCUGGGCUUCGGCCCCGGCGUGGGCGUCGCGGUGGCGCCUGAAGCCCGGGGGCCCUUUGGCCUCCGGCACCGCUGGAGUCUGUGGACGGAUGGCCGCUGGCCACACCUGAAACCAGAUUCCUGGGGGGGAGCCGCCCCGUGGGAUCCGCCGUUCGCCGGCGUUGUCCACGGGGUCCGGACCCUCCACCCGAGGGCCGUAUGCCGCAGCCCGCCACCGCCCGCCCGGGCGGCCUGGCGGGACCACUGCGUGCGGACCGGCGCUGAGGGGCUUAGUGGGGGCAAUUGGAUGGCCGCCCGCGUCACCCCCGGUACGCCGGGGGCGCCGCGCCGGCCGGGCGCCUCGUGCGCCCCUUCCUGA